AUGACUGUUUCUACCGCAAACCUCGAAAAUGACGUUGGAGAGACUAUCCCUCCGCUCACGGCUCAUGCCGUAAGCGUAUCGUUGCCCACAUGGGACGCCAACGUGGGCUACGAGGAGGGGCGUCCUGACGUGGUAAGUAGGAUGAAGACGGGCUAUCCAAGAUUCUUCAUACACAAGUCUAUUGCGCGCUUCGCCGAAGCCAUCACGGCUACACAUGGCCUGCCUCAUGAGAGCUCUAUGCUCUUCCCCUCGCAUGCCUGUGCUGCGCGCUGCGUCGAUUUCUUCCGCCAACAAGCGCCGGAACUCACUCCCAACCAAGUCCGAAUCGUGGAUCUCGUGCCCAACCCGGACCACCGUCACCCGGAGAACCGUGUUCAACCGAGAGUCUCAGCAGUACUCUUUCCCAAGGAUAGAUUCAAGAUAGCGAAAACGUUUUGGCAACACUCUGGAGAUGGCGUAUCCAGCCGCAGAGCUGAGUACUGCCACAAUGCCUUCGAGGAGGGCAUACUGGUGGAACAAUCCAAGGUAGGCCAACGUAUGUCCAAGGGCCCUAAGAGAUACCAGAAGAAGGCAUCUAUAGAUGCGACCAAUGGACACCACCCGCCCCCGAUGUCGCCAAGGGAACCAGAUGGCGUAGACCCGGUGCGCUUCGUGGAGGAGAGAUUCGGCAGAAAUCUAGACGUUGGCUUCGCCGACAAUGCUAAACUUGCUAUCAGGAGGAGGAUUGCGGGCUCACUGACGGCCAAUGUGGGCCUGGCAGAAGCUUUAAAGCUUGAGAAGGAUCACGAACGGAGCCGGCCAGUCGCAGGCUUCUCGGAAGAUGAUGUAUACCUAUACCCUUCUGGAAUGAGUGCUAUUUUCAACACUCAUCGUUCCAUGAUGGCCGCACGUGGGCAGCUCCAGAGCGUGAGCUAUGGCUUCCCGUACAUCGACACGCUCAAGAUCCUUGAAAAGUUUGGUCCUGGAGCAGUCUUUUACGGUUUCGGAUCCUCCGAGGAAUUAGAUGACUUGGAAAAGCGUCUAGAAGGUGGUGAAAAAAUUCUCGCGUUGUUCUGCGAAUUCCCGGGCAACCCACUCCUCAAAUCUCCCGAUCUGGAGCGAAUCCGUGCCCUGGCGGAUAGGUACGACUUCGGCGUUGUCGUAGAUGAGACCAUUGGAAACUUUCUGAACGUGCAUGUGCUGCCCUUUGCCGACGUUGUCGUCAGCAGUCUGACCAAAGUCUUCAGCGGCGAUAGCAAUGUCAUGGGUGGCAGCGCUGUUCUCAACCCUGAAGGCAGAUACUACAAGUCUUUGAAGGAGACGUGGUCAAGAGAGUACGAGGACAACUUCUGGCCGGAAGAUAUUAUUUUCCUUGAGCGCAACAGUCGCGAUUUCGUCACUCGGAUCGAACGGAUCAACGUCAAUGCGGAAGCGAUCUGUGACGUACUGAUGCAGCACCCCAAGGUGAAGCAAGUGAACUACCCAAAGCACAGCCCGACACGGCCGUUCUACGAUCGUUGCAAACGUGAGAACGGGGGCUAUGGCGGUCUCUUGUCGGCAACCUUCUUCUCCACUGAGGAGGCAAUUGCGUUCUUCGACAAUCUCGACACCGCAAAGGGCCCCAGCCUUGGCACCAACUUCACCUUGAGUUCGCCCUAUGUCCUCCUAGCUCAUUUUACGGAGCUUGACUGGGCGGCCUCUUACGGUGUGGAGGCUAAUCUAGUCAGGUUCAGCGUUGGACUUGAGGAUACGGCGGAGCUGGUGGCGACGUUCGAGCGGGCAUUGGCAGCAAUGGGAUAG